GUUCAUGAACCUCUCCACGACACGAGCGAGAUUCUUCUCUCUCUUUCUCUCUCUUAUUGGUCAGUGUAACGCAUAAUAUUAGAAGUAGAUGAAGAAGAGAGAGAAUAUGGAGAAUAGGCUUCAAUGGAGGCUCUUUCCCCUGCUUGCGAUACUCGCUUCAUAUUUGGUCUUCUUCUACGUCCAAAACCAUUCCGAGCUCUCACAUAAUAGAUGUAGUCUGCUGCCUCACCAACACUAUUGGAUAGCUAGCAAGCGGAUUGUGAUACCACAAGGGAUUAUAUCUGGAGCAGUUGAGGUGAAGAAUGGGAAGAUUGUAUCGAUUGUCAAAGAAGAAGAAAGGUUGUGGAGUUCCAAGUUGGGGCAAGUAAUUGACUAUGGAGAUGCGGUUGUCAUGCCUGGCUUGAUUGACGUGCAUGCACAUCUUGAUGAUCCCGGAAGAACUGAAUGGGAAGGAUUUCCUUCAGGAACUAAAGCGGCUGCUGCUGGAGGUAUAACGACAUUGGUUGACAUGCCUCUGAAUAGUUUCCCCUCAACUGUGUCUAGGGACACAUUGAAACUUAAGAUUAAGUCGGCAGAGAACAGAAUUCAUGUCGAUGUUGGUUUUUGGGGAGGUCUUGUUCCUGAAAAUGCGUUCAACCAUUCCGCUCUUGAAGACCUCUUAAAUGCUGGUGCUCUUGGUCUAAAGUCGUUUAUGUGUCCUUCAGGGAUCGAUGAUUUUCCCAUGACAAACAUUAGUCAUAUUAAGGAGGGCCUGUCAAUACUUGCAAAAUUUAGAAGACCUUUACUUGUGCAUUCAGAGAUUCAAAAAGAUCUUGAAAGCCCUUUGGGACUCGAAGAAGAUGGUGCCAAUGACCCUCGUUCUUAUUCAACAUAUCUCAAGACUAGGCCGCCUUCAAUGUUGCUGAAACUUUCCAACUCUGUUUUUUUAACUUUUUGGUUCAAACACAGGGAGGAAGCAGCUAUUAGGGAGCUCUUGACAGUGUCAAAAGACACGAGGAUUGGUGGCCCUUUAGUUGGAGCUCAUCUUCACAUUGUUCACUUGUCUGAUUCAAGUUCUUCCUUGAAUCUUAUCAAGGAAGCAAAACGUGGCGGUGACAGUUUGACUGUUGAGACUUGCCCACACUACUUGGCUUUCUCAGCGGAAGAAAUUAAGGACGGAGACACUCGUUUUAAGUGUGCGCCACCCAUUCGCGACGCAGUCAAUAGAGAAAAACUGUGGGAGGCAGUAAUGGAAGGACAUAUCGACAUGUUAAGUUCCGAUCAUUCGCCAACAGAGCCAAAACUCAAGCUUCUUGAGGAGGGUAACUUCUUAAAGGCAUGGGGAGGAAUAUCAUCUUUGCAGUUUGUGCUUCCUGUGACAUGGUCAUAUGGGAGAAAAUAUGGUGUAACAUUGGAACAAUUAGCUUUAUGGUGGAGUGAGAGGCCCGCAAAGCUUGCUGGACAAGAAUUAAAGGGGUCCAUUGCAGUUGGUAAUUAUGCAGAUAUAGUUGUAUGGGAACCUGAAGUAGAGUUCAACCUCAAUGAUGAAUAUCCUGUAUACCUUAAACAUCCUGGUAUUUCUGCCUACAUGGGAAGCAAGCUAUAUGGAAGAGUUUCGGCAACCUUUGUGAGGGGAAACCUUGUCUACAAAGAGAAGAACCAUGCCACUGCUGCUUGUGGUGUCCCAAUCCUCGCAAUAUAGAAGUUGCUGCACCAUUGAACUCCUUUUGUUUUCCUCUUCUUUUUUUUUUUUGGUUUAUGUUAUGUAAUUAAACAUCGAGUUUGUUGUUUCUUUCUUAACAUCAUGUGAAUAUUAUGUACAUCUGUAUAGUACACCACUUUUAAGUACUUUUUCUGUUUUUUCUUUUUUUUCAAUACAAUACGGAAUCAAACCCGCACUCUCAAUUGAAGCUC